AUGUUACUCUUAGUUGCUUCGCUGUGUUUAACAUCCGUAUUUGCUCUUCCUGUACAUGACCCAGCUUUGGAUGAAACAUGGGAAUUGUUUGUUGGUACAUAUAAUAAAAAUUAUGUAAAGGAUGAAGCUACAUGGAGGAGAUUGGUGUUUGAGGACAAUUUCAGGAAAAUCGUGCAACACAAUAUGGCAUAUUCUGCAGGAAAACACACUUAUACCCUUGGAAUGAACCAUUUUGGGGACAUGACUACAGAAGAAUUCAAACAGCUACUGAAUGGAUACAAACAUAAUGAAAACAAGACACGAGGAUCAACAUUCCUGCCACCAAACAACUUUGAAGCUCCAAAAAAACCGUUGACUGGCGUACACAAGGCUAUGUAACUCCAGUGAAAGAUCAGGGUCAGUGUGGUUCAUGCUGGGCUUUCAGUGCAACUGGUGCUUUGGAAGGACAAGAGUUCAAGAAGACUGGCAAGCUUGUGUCCCUGAGUGAGCAAAAUCUUGUUGACUGCUCUAGACCAGAAGGCAAUGAAGGUUGUAAUGGAGGGAUGAUGGAUCGAGCAUUUAAAUAUAUUUCUGAAAAUAAAGGCAUAGACUCUGAACAGUCCUAUCCAUACACUGCCAAGGAUGAAGAUGAGUGCCACUACAAUCCAGACACCAAGGCUGCUGAUGACACUGGCUUCACAGAUAUUGAACCUGGGAGUGAGAAGGAUCUUAUGAAAGCUGUGGCAUCAAUUGGUCCAAUCUCUGUAGCCAUUGAUGCUGCACAUGGGUCAUUUCAGUUCUAUCAGGAUGGCAUUUACUAUGAACCUGAAUGCAGCAGUAAAGAUCUUGACCAUGGUGUUCUGGCUGUUGGCUAUGGAUUUGAAGGAGAGGAUGUAGAUGGCAAGAAAUAUUGGAUUGUGAAAAACAGUUGGGGUGAGAAAUGGGGAAACAAAGGAUACAUCCUGAUGGCCAAAGACAAGAAGAAUCAUUGUGGAAUUGCUACAGCUGCCAGCUAUCCUAUAGUUUAA